AGGUGGAGUUCAAGAUGGCGGAUUAAGCAUUUGUUUGUUAUUUCGAAUUGUGAUUCUUUACUUUCGACGAUCUUGCUUCUCGAGCAGUUUUGUAAUUGAACAGUUGCGAUGUAUCCAAGAGUGAAAAGAUCCAUUUCUGAGAGUGGAAAUCCUUCGGCGAAAAGAACGUUUCGUUCCUUUUCGUUUUCCGAUGCAGAUGGCAAUGGAACUCAGCGUGAAACUAACGGGAAUUCUAAACAACUACACGGCCACCACACGGCUCACAACCCAGCGCGAAAACAGAGUUUUAACCUGCCGAUUUACACAGGGCGUAAUGUAAUUAUUGCCGAAGUACGGAGCAGAGAAAACGUGAUAAUUAUUGGGGAAACUGGCAGUGGAAAGACAACACAAAUUCCACAAUAUCUCCAUGAGGCACGCUUGACAAAGCUCGGAGCUGUCGCAUGCACACAACCAAGACGCGUGGCAGCGAUAAGCAUUGCACAGAGAGUUGCUAAGGAGAUGCACGUGCAACUAGGGGAAGAAGUUGGGUAUACUGUGCGAUUCGAAGACGUUACCUCGGCGAAAACAUGCGUGAAGUACAUGACCGAUGGAAUGUUGCUGAGAGAAGCCAUAGGCGACCCCAUACUUCACAGAUACUCUGUUGUUAUUUUAGACGAAGCUCAUGAGCGAACUGUACACACCGACGUCCUUUUUGGUGUUGUGAAAGCAGCUCAAGAGAUGCGUAAAGAAAAACAUCAGAAACCGCUCAAAAUUGUUGUUAUGUCUGCCACUCUAGAGGCAGAACAUUUUUCACGGUAUUUCAAAAGUGCGAAGGUGUUGUACAUUGAAGGACGUCAGCAUCCAGUUCAAAUUAUGUAUGCAGUGGAGCAGCAAAAAGACUAUGUGCAUGCAGCGCUUGUUUCAGUAAUGCAACUGCACCAAGAAAUGCCACCGGGGUAAAUAACUAAGAAAAUAAUUACAAAAUUUAAUGAAAUAAAUCAUAUUUUGACUACUGAAUGAUAUUUAAGUAUGGAAAUGCUCCUCGCAUGUGUUGCAAUCAAAGAAGUGCAGAAAAGAAGCCUGGUUAAUUGUAGUAAAAUUUGUCUUUCCUGAAACAUGUUGAAUUAUAUCUCGGUGGAUUAUAGUGCCUAAAUAGUUCAAUUGGAAGGCACAUGUUAGAAUUUUGUUGGAGCCUCAUUUUCACAGGCUUUUUUCAUGUAAUUUUUAUUAUUGUUUCUCACCUGCAACUUUAAAAUACUUACAAUUUCCAGAGGUUGUUUCCGAGUUAAGAAAUCCCCACUCUCCAAAUGGGGCUAGGUGCAAAGCUUUUCUUGUGGAAACGAUGAGAUUCAAGUAAAAUCCUUUUCAAAUCAAAUGCAUUGUGCUUACCUUUUAAACAAAGGACCUGGGCAUUUCCAAAAUGGCCUAUUGGUACGCAUGGCUACCAUAAUAGCAAAAACAAGAAAUAACUAAAAUCUAAUUGCCUAGGGUACAGUAAAGAGGGAUGGCAAAUGGUCCAUGUAAAACAACUUGAGACUCAUCUAGUAAUUAUUUAAGUAAAAGUGGGCUACUGGUGUCCAAUCACAUUCAAUAUUUUGUGAUAAUUUUGAUUUCAUAGUAAAUAAACUGGUUUGAUACAAUCUUAAGGUAAGUAAAGUAAGUCACCUCUGUUCAAAUAAUUGAAUCCUCACAGCAAAAGAUAACUAAACUGUCUCUGGUCUAAACUUUAUAUUUGUAGUGGAGACAUUCUGGUGUUUUUGACUGGUCAAGAUGAAAUUGAAUCUUUAGCCAAACUUGUGACAGAUUGUGCACAGCAUUGUGAAGCAGGUUAGUUGGCUUUUUCAAUCCUUAAUAUGAUAAUGAAAUUUUCAUUACAAGAACAAUGAAGAAGUUGCAAUAAGUACAAACUGCAUAUUUUUUGCAUAUUUUUUGUAUAUUAUAUCCAGUUUGGCAAGUGGUAUUUGUAAAUUACUGUUUUUGGUGCUCCAAAAUUUCCACUUAAUUCAGAGAACAGAACUGUAAGAUAACAUUCCACAUAGAAUAUGUGAGGUACCAGAAAUACAUGUAUACUGAAUGUUCAUUAACCUAUUAUCUAUUGUACCAGUAAUUCUUAAGAAAUUUUAAAAAGCUUUUUAAAAAAAAUUUUCUCACGCUUUCCCCCAAUAUUUUGUGAACUAUCUUGUGGAGAAACUGAUGAGAAGUGUGGUCAAUUUUCUAUCCUGAAAUAUAAGUUUGUUUAAUUAAUUUCUCUUUUUGGAAUAUUACAUGUACAUACUGAGGGGAAGUAGAAGCUACUCAUCGAUCAUUUCUGGGAGUUAAAGAAUUAAAAAGGAAAACUUGACUGAUUGGUUUUCCCUGUUCAACUGGAACCAAAAUUAUUCUUAGUUUGUUUCCUAAGUUACUACCCAUUUUUUAUGGAGUGUGACAUACGUGUACAUGUUAUUAUUUUUUUUUCCACUUUUUUACUUAGGAUGCCCUGAGGUCCUAGUUUGUCCAAUGUUUGCUGCUCUUCCUUCCCAGCAUCAAAUGAAAGUGUUUAUUUCAGCUCCUAUAGGCAAAAGGAAAGUUAUUCUAGCAACAAAUAUUGCAGAAACAUCAAUUACCAUUCCAGGGGUCAAAUAUGUGGUAGAUACAGGCUUUGUUAAAGGAAAAGGUGGGUGCAAUUCAUAAUGAACAUUUCUAUGUAAUUAACACUGAAAUAAUUUUGUCAGUUUUGGUUGUACUUCUUUGAGUGAUAAGAGGGCCAUUCAGUGAGAGUGAUGGAAAAUCAUUUACAGUGACUUCCUGAUUUAUUGUUCCUUUUCCAGCUUUUCAUCCCAAGACUGGCCUUGACAUACUGCAGGUUCAACCGGUCUCAAAGGCACAGGCACGCCAACGGACUGGUCGGGCAGGACGAGAAACCAGUGGAGUCUGUUACAGACUUUAUACAGAGGAACAGUUUGAUGAGCUGAAGGAGAUGACAAUGCCAGAAAUCCAACGGUGUAACUUGGCAAGUGUUGUCUUACAGCUUAUGGCCCUGGGUAUAUUGGAUGUUCUCCAUUUUGACUUUCUUGACUCUCCUUCACAAGAUGCGAUAGAAAAUGCAUUGGAACAGUUAGUGGUGUUAGGAGCAGUAAGGAAAGGGAACAGUGGCUUUGAGGUAAAAUUACUCUCUAAGGCUGGUUUUCUUUUAUUAUUAAAAGUUCAAGUUAUAUUAAUUGUUUUUUUUCUGAAUUUCAUUGUAUGCACUGGUAACUCCCAAAAUCUAAUAUUGUUAAUUCUCAGCUCUGACUGCCACACAUUUUAGAUCAAGAUAACAACAUCUGCCUGAUAAGUUUGAAUAUUCUCAUUACCUUUUUGCCGGAUAUUGUACGGAUCUGAUAGGGAGAAAUUACAAGUUAAUCACUUUGAGGGAGUUGAAAGGGUUUUUUUGUUGUUGUUGUUGAUUGAUGUGGACAGAGAUAAGACAAAGAAGCCCUGGAGCAUGGAUGACAACUAACAGAAAAUUAAACUUGCACAUGAGUCAAAGUGCAUGAUUCAAACUGGGGCUGCAGUAGCAGAGACAAGAGCUUUCAGAAUUAUACCAUCCCUUCUCCUUGCUACUAUAUGCCAUUUAUAACAAAUUCCUUUAAUUUUUGUCGCACCUUUAGCUAAUGCCUCUUGGUCGUAAAAUGGCUAAUUUUCCAUUGGAGCCCAGACUGGCCAAAGUGAUUCUGUCAUCACAUGAAUUAAAUUGCAGUGAGGAGAUAAUCACCAUUGUAGCUUUGCUGUCUGUGGACUCCCUUACUUACACCCCACAAAGCAAACGGGACCACGCCUUAGCAGUACGCAAGAAGUUCCUUUCAUCAGAAGGUGAUCAAAUGACUCUUCUGAAUAUUUACAGAGCUUACAAAGCCGUCAGUGGCCACAAAGAGUGGUGUCAUGAACACUUCAUCAACUCCCAAACUGUUAAACGUGUCAUGGACAUAAGAAAACAACUGCGAGAGAUUUGCAUAAGACUGGACAUUCCUUUGAUAUCCUGCGGCAAGGAUACUGUGAACAUUCGGCACUGUCUUGCCAAAGGACUCUUCAUGAAUGCUGCAGAGCUGCAGCUUGAUGGGACAUAUCUGACUGUGACUCACAGGCAACCUGUUACCAUUCAUCCUACCUCAUCACUGUUUGGUUCUAAGCCACAGUAUGUUGUUUACAAUGAACUUAUACACACCACAAAGUGUUACAUGCGUGAUGUAUGCGUGGUAGAUCCGUCUUGGCUUCAAGAAGCUGCACCAAAUUAUUUUAAAGAGCACAGACUUCAUUCACAGCCAACAUCAGUUCGUUCAUAAUUCAUUUUUCCUUGAAAGAACUAUACAUGCAGUCUGAAAUUAGAAUAUUUUUCCCAUCAUUGUAACAUGUGUCACUGAAUAAGGAAGAGGAUGGAAUAAAACCCUAAGUGAAUUAACUCUGUAACUCCCACAAGUGACCAAUAAUAUUUCUCUCCACAAUUUCUCUACAGUGUCAAGCAGAAAUGUGAUCAGUGUAGAGAAAAAUAUUAAUCAGUGGAUCCGAUACCAAAUUCUCUGAACUAACAUGAAAGGAACAUUAUGGCAUAAAGUAAGGAAAAUCACUUAUGAGAUCUUGGGAGUGAAAGGGUUAAGUUACAAACUUCUCCUGGUCGUGUUCAAAGUAAUGAAAGGCAAUCUGAAAGGAGAUUUCAGCAGUCUAUCAGGUGUCACUGAAGGCUUUUUGCCAUGCAACCUCUCAAAGUAAAUAAUACUGCCAUGAGAGCACAACCUCCAGUCAAAAGAGUACAGAAUUUAUUGAUGCGAUUAAUAUUAAUAAUAUUUGGAUCGACUGGAAUGGUUGUAAAUAAUUACAUUUAAUGUAUCUCUCAGUUAGUGUGUUUGCUAUGAGUGGUCAAUUUAGCAGGCUGUAUUUUGUAUUAUGGAUCACUUAAUUCAAAAGUUUGUUUGAAUUGAAAUCUUCCCCCAGAGGUAAAAUAAAUAUCUUGCUAAC